ACAAAAUGAUGAAGAAUAGUGGACUUGUAUUAUCUAAGGACUAGUUGCUACAUGAAUGUCAUGACUCGUACACGUCUUUUUAUCUUCUACUGGCUAUUAUUGCUAUCAAUAGCCCAAUCGGCUGUCAUUACAGUACCUCCAGUAUCAGUUACAGCUCCUAUUUAUACAACAGCAACAUUUACUUGUCAAGGGACUGGUGAUCUAUUUGCAUGGAUUGUGCAUGAUAGCUCUCUUAAUGAAACUGUCAAACAACAAAGAAACAUAACAGUUACUAAUAUUGGUUCUCCUGGUAACUUAUCAUCAGUACUUACUAUUGUUGGUUUACCUGAUAAUGAUGGGAUUGGGAUUGUUUGUCAGAUACUGUCAUAUUCACCUUUUGGUCAAGUAUUCUCUGGUGCCACGCUAGCAAUAAGAGGAAUAUCACCAGUUGAAGACAUACAAUGGUCUAAUGAUAAUCAGUUAUUGUCAUGGUCUCCUCCUUCUUUCUAUUCUGAUGAUAUUCAAAAUGCUAUUACUAUGUAUAAUAUACUAGUGAAUGGCACUAGUUAUAUCAAUACAACUAAUACUAGAGUAUUCUUGAAUACUACUGAAUUGAAUGUAUCUUGUACUAAUUUUACUGCCAAUAUUACUGCAUCUAUUGUACAAUAUGCAGCAAUAACAGGGGCAUUUAUUAUCAAUAAUCCAAAUUACAAUAUUUCUUUUACAAAUGGAAGUCGUUCAGUGAAUUACAUGUAUAACGAAACAAAUGGUACUUUUAGUGUGAAUGUCACCAGUCUGAUAAGUCGUUCGCAGUCUUGUAACUGUACAAUAACUGGUUAUGUUAAGCCUGAUGAAGGAAAUGCAGAGUUUCAAGAGACAACUGAGAACUUUACCAUAGACAGAAAAGAAGAAACAUUUUCGUAUGAUGUGACUGGAUUAAAACCAUGUCAAAGAUAUAUGGCUGUUGUUCAUGUACAUCAUUUUUCUAUUGGUGCAAACUUUAUUGCAGAAGAAGAAACCCUUAAUUUUUCUAUAUACAAUGUAGGUGAUCUACUAGUAUCUGCUGAAGGAAAUGGAUCAGUUAGUGUACAAUGUGUAUAUGAAGAAUCAUCAACUGCUGAUGGAUGUCAUGUGAUAUUUACACACACUGUUAGCAGAAGGAAUGAAUCUCUUACCAUAAAUGGAUCUGAUAGCACAAUGAUUUCUUUAUCAGCCAGUGGGGUUUAUACUGUGUCAGUGUACAAUGUCAUUGAUGGGUACAUCACUCCAUGGACUUGUGUACAACCUAAACAGGUUAACGUCACUAUCGCUCCUACUUCUUUUCCCUCCAUCAGUGGCACCACUGAUUCUGUUAAUUUUAUUUAUUCUACUACUACUACUACUGAUAUUCCUCUUCCUACUACACCCCAAUCACUGUCUCCUUCUGGAACUGUUGGCAGCUCAUCACCUGGGAAAGUUGGUGAUUCAAUGCUUUAUGUUAUUUUUGGAGUGAUUGGUGCUGGUUUAUUGCUGAUAGUAAUAAUGUUCAUAGUGGUAACAUUGAUUGUGAUGUGUAAGAGACAAGCUAAAAAGAAAAGGGUUAUUUUGAACUCAGAAAUUGCUGCCUGUCAUCAACCACAAGCAGGGAUAAGUCAUUAUCAAGAGAUAUCUAUUGAACCAGUAGCUAUUGAUGUGUCAAAUGAUGAAAGGUCUUCAGGUCCAACAAGUGAACCAGUACAAGGUAAUGGAGAGGAUCCUUAUCAUGUUCCUGCUGAUGAAUUACUAACUAUAAGGAAUGGACAAUCUGUUCAACACAAUAAUUCUUGUGUCACUACUACAUCUCCACAAAAGGGACAACCAACAUGUAGCUCAUCCACUUAUAAUUCUACUGCUCCAUUACUACCACCUGGUCAUGAGGAUGAUGCUGCCACUUCAUAUACUGUUACAUCUGCUAUUGUUGCUCCUACUUAUGCUGUUAUUGGUAAAAAGACUGAUACUACUGUUCCACCUGCUAUUGCUCAACGUUCUGAGUAUGGUGAAAUUACAGGACAUAUUGAUAAGAGAGGUGUAGUAACCACAUACACACCUCCAAUUCCACCUAAAGCAACCCCGCCCACUAUUAAUAUUGACAUUCAUGAUGAGGAUGAUAGACACAUUCCUACUAAUAACAACAAAGAAGCUCCUCCUCCUGCCUAUGAUGAUAUAGUUGUUCCUGAUAAAUGUUCUCAUCCUCAGGAAGAGAUAUCUGAUUCCACUUUAGGUAUAUCUGCAAGUGUUUAUUCACCACCAAGUGGACCAACAGUGAAUUGUCCAAUAAUUCAUAAUAACAUCCAUCUUCAUUUUGGAGUUGAAGUAAAAUAUACCGGUGCAGCUCCAUUUUCAACCUCUGACUAUAACUCAUGCCCUGAAGUUGUUGUGGAGCCUAUUCAGUUACCAAAUAAAGGACCAGUUGUUGUAGAAGAAGAUGAUGAUGAUCGCUGUCUCUUAAGUAUUGUUGGUACUUUGUCCACUCCUCCUUCUUCCCCACGUGCUGCUUCUUUCUCUUAUACUGGCACUCGUACCACUGAUACCAGCACAUUCAAGGAUCAUGUCUUGGCUGAAUCGCCUAUACAUGUACAUGUAGGUAAAGGUGAGUCAUUCAAUGGAAUACAACAACAAAACGACUACAAUCAUCAGAGAAGUAUAUUGGUAGUCACUUGCUGUGCUUGGAAAUACAGACCCGAUGAGUCAUCAGCUUUGGAUGAUGACAAUAUUGAAGCUAUACCAAUAGCUGUUGGGGAUAAAUGUGAAACAAAGAAAGUAAAGAAAGAGGGAGAAGUUAAUAGUAAUGAUAAUGAGAUGUUUUCUGGGGGCCUUGAAGUUAAAAUAUCUCUUCAAAUUGAUUCUUAUGUUAAUGUCCUCCUUGUUGGUAAUCCUGGAGCUGGUAAAAGUACUCUUUGUCCUGCCAUCAAUGACACAGCUACUGGUCCUUUUGCAGAAGGUCUUUUUGUGGACAAAAAUAUAGAAGAAAAAGAAAGAGUAAGUCAUAUCAAUUUCAAACGUAGGAAAAAAACCUAUGAAAAUUGCCAAAAAAAUGCUCUGAUGAUGAGUCGCAAGACUAAGUCAAAAGAAAUUUUACGUCAAAAUAAAAAAGCAAUCGAUCGACCUAAAAAAGUUUUCAAACGUCACAAAGGAUCUACAGAUUCAGCCACUGGAUUCAGCUCUCAAAGGCAAGCUAAUUACGGCCUUUUAUCAAAAUAUUGUGAAGCAGCUCAGCAGUUUCUGUAUCUCAAGCUAAGUCUACUUAUUUGUAUAGUAAAUUGCAUCCCUUUCAGUGAUUUGAAUGAUGUAUUAUUGGUCUAUGAUAGAUCUACUAUAAAAUCCACAGUUGUUGGUGCAUUUGUCUGGUUUGAAUCUCUCAACUACAAGCACCGUGUUCGUAAAAGAGACAAGGAACAAGCAUUCAUUUGUCAUGGUAAUCUUCUAAAAAAGUACAUGCUAAUGUGCGUGCUAAUUAUUUUCUUAUUAUUCUCAGUUGGUGUUUAUGCUUUAAGUAGUCUAAGGGGUAGUCAGAGUGCCCAUACUUACAAUUUACAAUGGCUUGUUAUCCUCAUGUAACAUUUGUCACCCUCAGUUAUUUGAUAUAUAUGCUACUAUUAUCUUACUAAUAUUGUCAGACUUUGCUUCUAAUUAUUUUGAUUUGAUUCAGAAGUUGUCAUCUACAACAACUACAGCAACAUCAUACCUUGAGCCAGUUGAUGAAAUCCCACAUGAUCCUGAUCCACCUUAGACAUAUGUAUGGAUUGUCAAGAUUCAAAUCCCAGUAAAAAGAUGUUCAUUAACUGAACUGGCUCGGAACGAUCAGGUUGGAAUGAUGCGAGUUACUUCCAGCUCAAGUUCUUGGAACCAACUUAGCUCGUAAGUCCCCGUUCCCUGUGUAGAAGACCAAAUGAAGACAAAUCAAAUAAUAAUAAUACUGUUAACUGAAGCAAUGCUGUAUUUUUUUGUGUGUGUUGAUUAUCUUGAUCUCUAUUGAUUUUAUAUAUUUCUUUGAAAAAUUUUAAUUGUU